GCUGCCACCUCAUCAUCUCCAUCGUGUUUUUCUUUAACGUCUUCGUUUCACUUUUACUCCGAUUAGUAAAAGUAUUUCUAAAUUGAUCCCACAUACACAUGAAUCCUCCUUAUUCAAUAAGCACUACCAAAAUUAGCUAAGACCAAAGAAAUAGUUGGAUUUGAAUUCUUAAACUUGUGUGCUACUACAAACCACUUCUUGUAUAUUCUUUGUAUAAUAAAAAUAAUUCUAAAUCGUUCCACAUCCACAUGACUCCUCCUUACUCAAUCAGCAAAAAGCUAGAGCAAAAGUGGAACAAUUUGAGAAAUGUUGAAACAAUGUGUCUUCCAUUGUACUUAUUAUAGCAAGUUUAUGCUACUAUAAGCCACUUUUUUCGUUUUACAUACAUGAAUCUGUAAAAGUUAAUUUGUAUCACAAAGACACGGCUCCUAGUGGUUACUGAAUGGAGGAGAGAAUGUGAUGGUGACAGAAAACAGCAAAAGCUUUAUCCAAAAAUGGAUAAAUCAAGCUCUUAAGUGCGUGGGGUGGUUGGAUGAAGAAGAAGUUGAAGUAAAGGAAAAAACAGAGCAGAGAAAUCAUCUCUCGGCUAUAAAAACAGAGAGGGGGUCACAGCACAAACCACUACAAAAGAACAACACAGAGCAAGAGAUUCAAGUAGCAAAAACUAGUAUUCUUUCAAAAAAAAAAGGGAUGGUAGCAUUCAACUGGGCAGAGGUAAUUUGAGUUUGGCAGGUUACAUUAUCUGCUUGAAUUCUGGCACAUUCUAGAUGUAUCAAUGCCAUUUAUUUAUAAGUCAUUCUUUUAAGAUCUUGAGAUUACUUGACGUUGAAGACAGUUAGUAUAUAUUUAAGAAAGGUUUCUUGAUGGAACUACAUUGACUGGGGCAUGACUAUAGUUAUGUACUACUUGUUCAUUUUCCAUUUUGAUCUUACAUUCUUGUUGUUUCUUCUAAAUGACCUCCGUUUUCUAAUAAUACCAGCAUUUCUUGGCUUAAUAUGCUGAAGAAGGAUUCCUUUAUGAUGUUUGUGUUUUUUCCGUCGCAGGCUGACUUAGGAGUAAACAUAAAGACCCGGAUAAUGGCUGAAAAGUCAAUCUUCAAGACACUGUUGAUCACUAUACUUGCUGUUACUUCAGGUUCAGAUCUUCAUGUCCAAAUGAUCCGGACGGUGCUGAGUUUCCGUCGCCAUCUACCGUUGUUUCUACUGUUAUUGUUGUCAUGGACAUUUCCUUGUAGAGCUACCACCACCGGCAGAUCGCUUUUGCAUCGACUAGGGAAACCAAGCUCUUUUUCAUCCAUGUGGUUAUUGGCCAUCUUUCUUGUGGGUGCUGUCGUUGUUGUUUGUGUCUUCAUGAGGUUUUCAUCGAAAGGCAAAUCAGAAGAGGAUGGUAUUGUAAAUGAGAAGAAGAUAGAUACAAAAUCAGCUCCUCGUGCCUCAGGAUCAGGAGAGGAUGGUACUGAAAAUGAGCAGGUAGAUAACAAUUCAGAUCCUAGUACUGGAGGAUUAGGAGAGGAUGAUUUAGAAAACGAGAAAACAAAUUCAGAGUCAGAAGUCGUCGUAGGUUCUUCAGCUCAGAUAUCCAAGACGUAUGUUUUACCUGAUAGAGUAGUAGUGCAAGAACUCAGUACUGAGAAUGAUGAAUUAACCGAUGGGAAAAUGGUUAAUGAUAGGUUGUUUGUCUCAGCUAAGAAAAUGGAAUAUGGAAGAAAUGAGUCAAAUGCCUAUGAGGUGUUUUGGGGUGUUUUUGGUAAAAAACGUUCAGUGGCCGUGAAAUGUCUUGAUCUAUCCCAGGAUGCUUUAAUUCUGAACGAGAUUGGCAACCACUGUUUAUCUGACGACCACUCAAACAUCAUUAGGUUUCAUGGUGUGGAGCAAGACCAGAAUUUUGCUUACAUUUGUCUAGAGCCUUGGAAAUGCAGUUUAGAUGAUCUAAUAAAAUUAUGUGUGAGAAGAAUCAGUUUGAAUACUCAAGGCAAAUCGACUAAAGCAGUAGCUCCACUGGAUCCUUUGGAAAAAGUUAUGGAAAAAAUCAACUUCUGGAAAGAUGUGGGCAAGCCAUUACCUAUAAUGCUAAAACUAAUGAGAGAUAUAGUUUCUGGCCUUGCCCACUUGCAUGAGUUGGGGAUAGUUCACCGGGACUUGAAUCCACAUAAUGUGCUAGUGAUAGUGAAAGAGAUGACUUUGAUUGCCAAAAUAUCCGAUAUGAGCUUAAGCAAGCAUCUCGGUGGGGAACAGUCAGCCUAUAAACACCUUGACACAUGUUAUGGUAAUUCGGGAUGGCAAACACCGGAGCAGCUUCGGAAAGAAAAUGAAGAUUUUCCAGUUGAUAUGUAUAGGUUUGGAUGUAUCCUAUAUUACGCCAUGACGGGUUACCAUCCUUUUGGAGGUAUUAGAGAUCGUAAGACCAACAUCCUGGGCAACAAUGCAGUCAACCUCUCACUCGUAAAGAACCUUGAAGCUUUAAACCUCAUCGAGCAAUUGCUUAACCCCAAACCUAAUUUACGUCCUAGUGCAACUAAAGUGCUUCUCCAUCCUAUGUUUUGGGACUCCGAAAAGAGGCUUUUUUUUCUUCGGGAGGCUAGUGAUCGAAUUGAGCAUGAUAAAAACAUCUGGCAAAAACUGGAGUCUUCAGUAGCACCAAAAGUUAUAAAACAGAGUCACUGGGAUAGUAAGCUAAAUACGACCUUCAUAAAGCACAUCAAAAAUUUACCACAACGCAAACAGUCUCAUCGUCAGUACGACUAUACGAGCCUUCGCAACUUAUUAAGGUUAAUAAGAAAUACUCUGAGUCACCAAAGAGAAAUACUUGAUGAUCCAAACAUUCAGAACAUUGUGGGAAAGGUUCCAGAAAGGUUAGAUAGCUUCUUUACUGAUCCUUUCCCGGACUUGAUGAUGGAAAUCUACGCAUUCAUCUCUAAGCAUUGCAAGGGAGAAGAAGAGUUCCAAAAGUACUUCAACUAGUAGUAAAGUGCAAGUGGACAUUGUUAUUCUUUCUCCUUUGUGCUUUCUUAGAGUCGAGAAAAUGUUUUGUGAAAGUUUGCCCGUUUAUGUGAAGAAAUAAAUAGAGAUUAUGAUUUUAAAGCUAUACUCUUUAUCGUAUUGCUGAUAAUACUUGUAAGUUUGAAACGAAAAGGUAUAAAAACGUAUAUCUCAUUUUCUUUUCACUUAUAUUAUUUUAAAAACUUGCAAUGAUCACUUUUGUAGCCCUCUUCACGUGCUUGUACGCCAGAAAAUAACCAGCUCAAUGCUCUUAAGGUUUAGGGUUGUAAUGGAAAGAUUUUUCAAGUCCGGGAUGUUAAUUGAUACAGCAAAUUAAUCAAAUAUUCAAAUCCAAAAUUUUCGUGAAACUAAUCAAAGUAUUAGGGACUCUUAUGUAAAUAAGUUAGCUAUUUCCUUAUACGUAAAUUGUAGGCUAUUAGGAUUUAGGAUUAUAUGAUACUUUGUAUACUGUAUAUAUCUUCUUAAGAUCAAUAAGAAAAUUGGAACCUUCUCUUCUACCUUUGUCAUGGUAUUAGAGCGGCGAUCUUAUAGAAAGAAAAAAAACAGAGAACAGCAUAACAAGAAGAGGAUCAAACUGGAACAGAGUCCGAUGGUGGAAACGGAUCCUCUAUUUUCAAAUCUAACUACAUUUUUAAAAGAUUUUUCCGAUAUUUCGGAUACCCGAAGCCGAACCGAAAUAACUCAAACCAACCAGAUCCAAACAUAUAAAUAUCUGAAUGGGUUCUAGAAGUCUAAACCCAAAAUCCG